CUACCUGCCUACUUAGCUCGUGACAUCAUCCGAACCACGGAGGCGGCGGACUGCUGCUCCCACGCUGCAAAAAACUUGCUCAUGGCCACCUCUCUCUCCGGCAGACCAUGCCCGAAACGAACCAAUGCCACAUCAAAUCACUCCAGAAACCAUACUCCCCAAGCACAUCUCAUCAACCAGCUCCUGAAAUCCAAUCGAAACCGAAGCCCAACCUCAAAUCAUGCACCAACCGAACCCAAAAUCGAAAAGAAACUUCACCAUCAUCAUUUCGUACCACGAUGCCAAAAUGCAACACCCAAACUCGUACCACCGCACCUCCAUGGACGUCCACCAGCGCCAGCGCCUUCGCGGCCACCAGCAACAACAGCAGAAUCGGGAUGGCAACCGCACGAGCCACUCCCACGACGAAGACGACGACGACUUCAAUGUGACGACCCCCCCCCCCCCCACCCCAUCCGAUCCCCCGUCCGCCUGCACGAGGCCCCCCGAAUCGCACGAUGAAACUUCGAAAAAACGCAUCUUCCUCGCCACCGAGCCGUGCUCCCUUCUCUUUUUUUUCCCCUGGGUCUUGAAGCCCAUUAGAACACACAAAGAACAAACACAGGAGCGCAGAGAGGAAAAACUCCCCAAAAUCCGAAGCCGAUUUCUCUCCGUGCCCAUCUGGCCAUCUCCAUCCGAGGUUGUUUCCCCUUCGCUUUCCGCCGCAUCCGCGAGGGUUCGGGAGGGAAGAGAAGCUCCCCAAUUCCCGAAUUCGCCCGAAGGGCGGGUAGGGUUAGGAUUUGCAGGGAAGCUCUCGCCUCCCGAUUCACCGGGCGAGGCACCGUGAUCUCGCGGCUGGCCGUGAGGGAUGAUCUUCAAGCGGAGCCAGCGGUCGGAGAUCCUCGAGCUGCGGCGCUGCAAUGCCGCAGGCGGUGGAGGGGAGGACGAGGGGGGAGGCGAGCGCCGCCCGACGAAGAGGCGGAGGGGCGACGAGUUCUUCCCCGUCGAGCUGCUCGGCCACGUCCCGGCCUCCGGCAUCCCGUACGCCCCCUUCGGGUUCCGGUGGAGCGAGAAGCCCGAGGCUGCCUCGCCGGCGGAGGCCGCGCAGCCGCCCGUGGAGGCGAGGCCGCCGGUGGUGCGCACGUCGCGGGGGCGCGCCCAGGUGCUGCCCUCCAGGUUCAAUGACUCGGUGCUUAUCGACCCCUGGAAGAAGGAGAAGCCGGCAAAGCCGCCCGCGCUGGUCAAGGCAGAACAGUUGGUGCGCAAAAACGAGGUGCUGUGCAAUAAAGGUGCAAUAUCUGACAGGAGAUUUGCAUUGUCCGAGGUGGACGAUGAUGAUGAGGAGGCAAUAGCGGAGCGUUAUCGAGCACGACGGAAGUUUGGUGGCUCCAGGAAGUACUUUACCUCCCAGAGCACGCUCACCUCAGUACAAGACGAACUAUACCGCAAUUACCACAGAAAGGAAGCAAUGCUUAGGCACUACUAUGAUGAUGAUGACGAUGAUCAGGAGGACGAGGAAGAGGAAGAAGAGGAGGAUGAGGAAGAACAAGAGUUCUCUCAUUGGAGCAAAGAGUUUGUGUACGGGGACAUUGUGUGGGCAAAACUUGGCAAACGGCAGCCAGUGUGGCCAGGUCUGGUGGUCGAUCCAACUCAGCAGGCUGCUGCUGCGGCAAUGCCGCCGCAGCCUUGCAGUGGUGCUGUGCUUUGUGUGAUGCUGUUCGGCUGGUGCACAAAAUCCAGAGAUGAGAAGAAGUAUUUGUGGGUGCGGCAGGGGAUGAUAUUUCCAUUUGUCGAUUUCAUGGAUCGAUUUCAAGGGCAGACAGAACUAAGCAGUUGCAAACCUGGUGAUUUCCAGAGGGCAGUAGAAGAGGCCUUUUUGGCUGAUCAGGGAUUUUCAGAAGUGCCGAUGGAUUGCAGUACGGCAGGGCAGCCCGUGGUGUGUCAAUCUUUUCCGGCUGAGUUACAAGAAGUCACUUGUUCAAAUGAGCUGGAGUGUCAGUUAAAUAUGAAGCACUACAAAAGAGCACUGCUGUGUGAGAGUUGUGGAAAUUGCUUUCCUAAAGAUACAAACAAGAUGGUGUAUGUGACGGGGCAACUUGCUUGCAGGCAUUGUGCUAGGAUCUUUAGAUCAAAAAAGUACUGUGGAAUUUGUUUGAAAAGUUCGCAGCAUAAAUGUGGCAGAAGAUGGGUUUGCUGUCAUGAUUGUGAAAGUUGGGUUCACACCAAUUGUGACAAAAAGCGCAGCAACCUCACGGAUCUACGAGACAAUAGUUAUUGCUGCGCUUACUGCAGAGUUAAACUUAAUUCAACUCUCUCUGAGAAGAAUACAAAAAUUUCUGAUGUCAGAAAAGAUAAUUCUACGCAGAAAGGAAGGAAGCCUGACAAAGUUGCAGUUGUCUGUUUUGACAUGGAAGGAACUUACCUACCAGACCUCGAAUUAAUUUCUUGCCAUUGUGCCCCUUGCAAGGGACAGAAAUUUUUGUUCAACGAAUGGGAGCGUCACGCUGGCUGCAGAAGUAAAAAUUGGAGGUCCAGUAUUAAGAUUAAGGGUGCGUUGAUGCCAUUCGGAAAAUGGAUAGAUCAACAUCAAUCAGGUGUGUGUUCAACGAAUCCUGCAAAACGCUCAUCUCAGAAAAUGAAGAAACAGAAGUUAAUUGGUUUGCUAAAUGAACCAUAUGAUCCUGUAAAUGUAAGAUGGACGACGGAACGAUGUGCAGUCUGUAGAUGGGUUGAAGACUGGGAUUACAACAAAAUUGUGAUUUGUAUCAGAUGUCAGAUAGCGGUUCAUCAGGAAUGUUAUGGUGUGAGGGGUAAGCAAGACUUUACCUCAUGGGUUUGUCGGGCUUGUGAAAAAACUGAACAAAAGAAGGAUUGCUGUCUUUGCCCUGUAAGAGGUGGUGCUUUGAAGCCAACAAAUAUUGAUGACUUGUGGGUCCACGUGACAUGUGCAUGGUUUCAGCCACAGGUUGCUUUUGCUAGUGACGAGCUCAUGGAACCUGCUAUCGGGAUAUUGAAUAUCCAACCUUUGCUAUUUAUGAAGAUGUGCGUGAUUUGUAGGCAAAUACAUGGUUCAUGUACGCAAUGCUACAGGUGCUCUACUUACUACCAUGCCAUUUGUGCAUCUAGGGCAGGCUAUAGAAUGGAGCUGCACUGCUUGAAAAAAAAUGGCAAACAGACGACGAAGAAGAUCUCUUACUGUGCACAUCAUCGGAGUCCUAACCCUGAUAAUGUUUUGAUAAUCCAAACUCCUGCUGGAACUUUCUCGUCAAAAAAGCUUGUUCAGAGUAAUGGCCAUGUAGCCACAUCGAGACUGAUUAGGAAAGAUUUUUCCAUGGAUUCACCAUCAGAAGUUGAAAUUUUUGAGAACUUAUCAGCUACAAGAUGUCAGGUUUAUGUUAGGAAAGAUCUGAAGAGAUCUCAAGAGGGAGCAAUUGCACACCGUGUAAGGGGGGCCUGUCAACACCGCUGGGACGAAAUUGACAGUCUGAAUCCACCUAGGGAAGAGAGGGACCCGGAAUCAUUUUCUACUUUUAAGGAUCGUCUGUGUUAUCUGCAGAAAACAGAGCAUAGUAGAGUAUGCUUUGGUAGAUCAGGAAUUCACAGGUGGGGACUUUUUGCUCGUAGGGACAUUCAAGAAGGAGAAAUGGUACUCGAGUAUCGUGGUGAGCAGGUCAGGCGAAGUGUUGCUGAUUUACGGGAAGAAAAAUAUCGUGUGCAAGGCAAAGAUUGUUAUCUUUUCAAAAUCAGCGAGGAAGUGGUUGUUGAUGCCACAGACAAAGGAAAUGUCGCACGCCUGAUUAAUCAUUCUUGCACACCAAACUGCUAUGCAAGGAUUAUGAGUGUCGGGCAUGAUGAAAGCCGUAUUGUUCUAAUAGCCAAGAAAAAUGUUUGUGCUGGUGAUGAGCUAACGUAUGAUUACCUGUUUGAUCCUGACGAGGCUGACGAACACAAAGUUCCUUGCCUGUGCCAGACUGCUAACUGCCGCAAAUUCAUGAAUUAGUUUACUGUAGAUGUCAAUGGGCCCACUCACAUAGGUUUUUUUCCUGUUUAUUUGUCAUGAUUCAUUUGUGGUAUAUGCUAAUCCUCCCCUAAUUUUUUUUACCUUCAUUUUUUAGAAUAAAGUUUAGCUAGAGCUCAAAAGCCUGAGCUUCCAUUCCUGUAAAUACCACAAAUGUACUCAUUACGAUCAGUAUUUUUCUAAUGAAGAAAUUUAGCGCC